GCCACCGCCUGAUCGGAUGCAACUACGCACUUUUUCUCCGUUACCAAACGCGUCUCGGAGAUGCGACACUUGUUGCUCGUUUUUCUUAGCGCCCGCGAUUUGGAGGCUAAAAAAAAACCAACUACCGUGCCUCCGAUUACAACGUCGACAGAGUUUUCCGGACGUUUACAAGUUCGAACGUUGUACCGAAUCUCGGAACGUUCGGAUCCGCUUCAUUUUUCUCGGGAUUUUUCAUCGUGAGAACGCCGGUUGUGUUACGGUAGCGGCGCGUAUCUGCGGAACCUGAGAACGUGGAAUGUCGCGACACUCGAGAUAAGACAAGAGUGAACCGUUUACCGGGCGGGGGGCAAAUCCCCCUUUACGCUUUUUCUUGUUUACGGACCGUCGUCGACCACGUGGCGAUAGAUCGCGAAUUACUCGUUUGAAUUGAAAAACGUAAAGCGUCAAAUUUCGUCGAUGCGUUUGUCCUUCGAAGCAUGCAGCCAGUCGCGAGCCUCGACGGGAGAAAAUAUUUCACGCGCGCGCAUUGUUGCCGCGAUUGAUUCUCGUGAACGGAAUUCGAAAACUACCGCGAAAUCUGACAAUAUUCUCGAAUCGUCGAUAAUCGUCACAUUUUCGCGACUUACAUCCAGGAAUGGUUGAAACAGUUAUGCAUUCAGCACCGCGCUAAUCGACGAAGCAUGCUCGAUUAGUCAUCGUUUAAAAGAUAAAUCUCUUUGACGGCAGAUUCGGACAUCGUAUUUCCGCGAACGAUUCGAGUAUCGCAAUGAUUUUCAAAUCGUAGAUAAUACAUUUCGGAUCAUUGAUAUCGCGAGACUUUUUCCUGGAUUCUCGAGUGUCUGGGAGUUAGGGUCUGUUUCGAAAUAGAAACGACCAGAAGGGCUGACUAAUAGUUGGUUGUGUGAAAGACCCGAGCAGAUAAUAGUGUCAACCCCAUGAAUAAUCUGAAACCUACUGGCGCCUCCUUGUUUACUUUCUUCGUCUAUGCGCCGCUUCCGGUCUCACCGAAACUUUCGACUCUUUAUCUAUCUAUAUAUUGCUUCCUGUCCUCUGUCUAAUUUCCAAUUCUUCGAUCAUCCGUUGAAUAAUUUAUAUUUCAUUAUAAUUUCAAGUUAACGGUGUAACAUUUGUAUCGUUAGUAUAAUAGUAGAUUAUGAGCAACGUAUGUAUAUAGGUAAUAUCUAACGAAACGAUUGGGCAGGUGUUUUUUCUAUCGAUCGCAUUAGCAUACCAGCGAAAUAAUUUGCUCUAAUUCGCGGAGAAAUUGUAACAGCGAUAAUAGUUGAUUGAUAAGUUGCGGUCUCGUUCACGAGAACAUACGAGGUCCAUUCAUUCGUUCGUCACUCGUUUCUCUGACGAUUUAAAGAGCUCUCAUCGACGAAACGAGACGACCUCGUGUGGAUCGUUUAGUCUUCGCUAGUUGCUGAAACAUCGCUACGAUUCACGGUACAUUAACGGAAUCUUCUUUUAUCGCUUCGUAAUACAUAGUGCGUAAACAGUGUGUAACACGUGUAACACCAUUAAAAGAUACGGGAACAGAACAGAACACGUUGUGCAAUCAGACGUCGAUGUUGGGAAAAAUCAUAGUCAAUUUACCGACGAAUCUUGUAUACACGAGACUGAUGUGUAAUGUUCAUGGGGUUUACGAGAUAAUGGAAGAGAAGGAAGUGAUAUAUAUAUAUGGGUGCCUCUUUUUGAUAUUUACUUUCCUAUACAUUCCUUGUAUUUCUUUCAACCGUUUCGAUUCCUCUUAUCUUUUAUCUAGCCCCGGACGAAGCUUUCCUGUGUUAUCGUUUCCUUUGCUUGGUACCACCAAUUUGCUCUCUCACUUUUCCUUUUUCUUUUUAAUCCCUCCCCAAAAAAUGUCUAUCGCUGUUAUUAGUACAUAUUCCUUUUUAAAUUUAGAUAUUCCAGCAGUUACAAACCUCUGGAUGGUUCGUUUCGUAAAAGUGUGGCGAUACAUUGGAUACAGUGUGUCAGCAAGAUGAUCUCGAGAUACUGUUACACGCUUUCUUUCGCUCUACGUAAAGUCCCAUUUUUCUUAGUUUCGUGUUUCUCGUGGGAAAGCGUGCGUCGAACUUUCGUCGAGUGCCACCAACGAUGUUCAAAGAAGCGAGUUUCACUUUUUUACACUUAAAUCUGUCAGAAAGGGAAGUUAUCGAAGGGAGUCGCCAUCGAUUUCGACAGAGACCUCGUAGGAUAGAAGAACUUCCGGUCUCAGAGGGAGGGGGGAAAAGUUGAGAAUACGAAGUACCGUUGAAUGAUAAAUAAUCAUAAAUCUAGGCAGCGAUAACAUUGUAGACUUUUUAACGUUCCAUGCUUAUUGGUGUAUGUAAAUAUUACGAAACUCCAAGUAUGCUUUGCCUUUUCUUGGCCCUUAAGCCCCCGUUCGAAUUUUCUUGGUUUAUCAGGACGGAAAGUAGGUCUUCGUAUCGCGCAACCCGCUAUUUAUCAUCAACAACACGCCCUACUCAUUCAACUUUGUUGCUAGCAUGACAUUUGUCGCCUUUUCUACGAUGUUUCUACGAUUACGUUAGUCCGUAUUAAGUUGCGAAGCAGUUGCUCCGACUUUCGAAUCGUCUCUCCCGAUUAUUGCACGCGCGUGAAAAAUGUGUUGAAAUUUUCUUAACAAUACAACAAUCCGUGAAUUCACUUGGAAUAAAAAUUCUCGUUUCAAGAACGCUCGUUAUCGAGCGAACAAACGGAGCAAGGGACGAACACCCCUAACCGUAGGUACCGUAUAAGGAUGUAGGUCUGCCAUUUACUAAAUGUUCUGGAAAGCCGACGACGAGGUAGGGCUAUUAUACGAAACGCAGGUGUUGGUGCAGAUGUCGCGUAGCAGACGGUGCAGCGGUGCGAUCGUGUACGAUAAUUUUAAUGAAACUCCAAGAGUCAACGAUAUUUGCGUUCCGGGAGUCCGCAAGUGUCUCACCAUACAAUUGUAUCGCUCUCUUUGCAGUCAAUUAUUGUUUCACCUUAUCGUCUACAUCUUAAUACAUCGUUCGAGAAGCUCAAUAUUUAUGUAUCGAUAAUUACCCGAAACGGAUUGUGGAAAUCGAUCGUAAAAAGCGUUCGUUCCUUGUGUUUCGAUCACCUUGACACGAUGUAACACAGCUGUCGGCUCAGAACGUGAAACUCGAAAUGUUGUGAUGGCUGGGACAUCGCGACGUCCGAGCUCCGAGCUCGGACCCGAUCUCUCGUCCCCAACUCCGCCGAAGAAGUCCAAGUUCUCCGCCGAAUCGUCCGUCGAAGGACCGUCGGAAAAGGAGCAUGAGUUGAGCACCGAAGAGCUGGAGAGAUCGGUGGUGGCGUCGUUGUCCGGGAAGACGUUAGAGCUGAUCCCAGGAGUCGCGUCGGGAUCCAGUCCGUUCGAGAUCAGCGAUGAAUCGUUGGACAGCACGAAGCAGCUAAUACAGACUAGUUUGGAAGGUUCGGUGAAAGUCACAGCUGGUUGUUCGAAGGAGGCCCACUUCGGUAGCUUUGAAACGAUCAUGCAAAUGAAGUACAGUGGGCCCGAGGAACAACUAUCCAGCUUGAGUAAACGAUCUGACACAGAUAGUGACGUGCAAAUUCAAACUUCGCUGCUAGGUGAAGACGCAUUGUAUCAGGAGUUGUCAUUGAUCGGAAACGGCGCUUACGGGACCGUCUACAAAGCCAAGGACCUGAACACAGGACAGGUCGUCGCCCUGAAGAAAGUCAGGGUGCCCCUCACUGAAGAUGGUUUACCUACUUCUACCUUAAGAGAGAUCGCAACCUUGAAGCAGCUGGAAAGAUUCGAACAUCCGCACAUAGUAAGACUGCUGGACGUUUGCCAAGGAAAUUACCUGCAUCUACCCUCUGCUGACGGCAGAUCGGAGAGGCUCGAUCGUGGUUUGACCCUGUGGCUAGUGUUCGAACACGUGGAAAGGGAUCUGGCUUCUUACAUGGCCUCCUGUACACGGCCAGGUAUCCCCCCUCAUCUGGUGAAGCAGAUGUCCAAGGAGAUACUCAGGGGUGUCGAGUUCUUACACAGUCACAGGAUCAUACACAGGGACUUGAAGCCUCAAAAUCUGUUGGUGUCCAGGGAAGGGAGAAUAAAGAUAGCGGAUUUUGGUUUGGCAAAAACGUAUGACUUUGAAAUGAGAUUGACUUCUGUGGUGGUAACUCAGUGGUAUCGUGCCCCAGAAGUACUCCUGGGUUGCUCUUAUGCGACUCCUGUGGAUAUUUGGUCCGUGGGUUGCAUACUUGCAGAGUUGAGCAGACUCAAACCUUUGUUUCCAGGUACAAGCGAAGGUGAUCAACUUGAUAGGAUUUUUCAAGUUAUAGGAACUCCGUCGCAAGAAGAGUGGCCUGAGAAUGUCUCCCUCAGUUGGACAGCUUUUCCUAACAGGCAACCGAAACCUCUCGCGGCGAUAAUAUCUGAUCUCAAUGAGCAUGGACUAGAUUUAAUUAAGAAUUUACUUAUGUUUAAUCCUCACAGUCGACUGACUGCCACUCAAGCCCUUAGACAUCAAUAUUUUGCUGAAGAUGACUCGUGAUGAGUAUGUUUUUUCCUUUUUCAUGACUAUUUUUGUCACUUUUCAAUUAGUUUCCUUCUCUUUUUUUUUCUUUUACGUGCAGACUGACGUUACGGUAUCCAAAAAUACGUAAGCAUAUUAUUUUAUAGAAUUGUUGUAGAACUUUUUCCUUUGUUCUUUUUUUCGGUAAGAUUGUAUAGUUUAUCGCGAGUAUAGUACAGUAUGAUUUAUAAAUAUUCUUUUCUAAUUUAGAUAUUGUAAAGUACGUUUAUUAUAAUCUGUAGAACUAUCAUCGUAUUUAAUUCGUAUUGACCAUUGAAUUACUUCGAGCAUCGUUAUAAUUUAAUUCCACACAAAGCCGUUAAUCAGUACGAUAUAAAAUAAUUUUUUGAUUUAGGUAGGCGGCCGUAUAAUUUUCACGGUAUAUUAUUUAUUUAGAUAUCAUUUAAUUAAGAUUUCUGUUAUUUUUGUUUCCAUGAUACUGUUAAGUCUCGACCAAUCGACGUUCCAUUUAUUUUAUAACGGCUCUCAGUUACGUAGGAGAUAAUAGUUUUUCCAGUGUAGAUAAAUAGGUUUACGAAUGCGCACCAAAAAUUAUUUCGUAUAACGAUUGACUAGGUGUGCCUUCCAAUGUCGCUAAAUAUUGGUAUUCCAUGCCUUAAUUUUCUAUGUAAUUAAAGUUAGCAAUAAGGGUGUACCGUUAAGUAGCGUUAUUCUUGUAAGACUGGGGCCUCUUUGACCCGUUAGAUUUGACGGGAAGACCUAGGAUCUUCCCCGUAAUAAAUAAAAAAAAAAAGAAGAAGAAAACCAGAAAGUACACUGCCAUAUGUAUGUAAAACGAAACAAUACCGUUUAAUACUGUAUUUUAUGUUCAGUAUGUGUAUAAAUCCUAAGUUUACAAGCAAUAUUUAUAUAUAGAUAUAUAUUAUAUAUAUAUAAUAUGCAGUUUAUAAAGAAGUGUGUGGAGGACCUUUAAAAAGACUGUACAAGAAAAUAUAGAUUUUAUAGUUUUAUAUUGUUGCGAUUCCCGCCUGUAUGUAUAAAUAUAGUAUUGUGUGAACUAGACCGUAAGAAAAUCUGAAUGUAGCCCCAUUAAAAAAAAAA